AUGAGCGAGAAUUUUCCGCUAGUGUUGAAAAAAAUAGAAAAAAAGUCACUCAGAAAAAUCAAAAUUCGUCGGUUGAUGAGCAAGACCGGCCACAUAAACCUGGACCAGACGCACCUCCCGUCAAAAUACCUCCGUUUCACCAAAGACCUUGCCACCACUCUGGUCCAGGUCCGCUGGAGAUGGGUCACACUUUUCGUAACUCUUUCAAACGCCUUUUUCUACCUAAUUUUCGCCGGCCUGUGGAUGCUUGACGCUUGGCUGAGUGGCGACUUCGCCAAAACCCAGGACCUCUGCAUCCAGUCCAACAAACACUUCACCAGUUACCUCCUCCUGAGCAUUGAGAGCAUCACAACCACCGGGUAUGGGUACUUGUACCCGAGCGAUCACUGCAAGAUCGCUUGGAUUAUCCUGACUUUGAACACCUUUGCCAUGAUUUUGCUGGAUGGUGCCUUCACUUCCAUCGUGAUUUUGAAAAUUUGCAAGCCUUUGAAGCGCGAAUUUGACUCGAUUUUCAGCCGAAAUGCGGUCUUGAGUUUAAGGAACGGAAAGUUGUGUCUGAUUUUGCGAAUUAGCGACCAUUUAAACAAACACUUGAUCUCGCCAGAGAUUAAGCUAUAUUUCGUUUCGGAUAAUUUCGAACUACAAGAACUGGAAAUUCACUCUGAUACGAUGCUUCUGUGGCCGAGUGAUAUUGUGCAUGAGAUCGGCGAGGAAAGCCCGCUGUGGGCCCUAUCACCGCGCGAUUUUUUCCAAAAUAGGUUCGAGAUUUUUGUCACCGUGUCGGGUAGUUCGUUGAUAACGAAUCAGUUUGCGACCAGUCAAACGUCUUAUAUCAACGAGGAGAUUCGCUGGGGGUUCAGAUUCAAGUCGUGUUUUGAAUACGACCAGAAGCUUCAACGUUAUGUAAUGAGUGGCGACGUUUUUAAACUCGAACCGUGUGACACUCCGCUCUGCAGUGCCAAGAAAUUGAAAGAAAUAAAAAAUGGGUUGGGAAAAUAA